AUGGAAGCAGUGAAUCGACAAGUUAUGGUUGGUAAAACAAUCCUCAAUGACUGGAAUCAUUUCAAAGGCGACCCUACUUUAUUGCUGGGGGAGCCAAGAGAACGGAUUCUCCUCAUCAAUCGUCUUCUCCGCGCUGCCGGAAUAGCCAGGGAGAAAUAUCUCGCUCUUUGCACCCGUUAUACAUUGAUCUACAAGUUCUAUUACGUACCAUGGAGAAGCGAGAAAAGAAAAGCCGGACAAAUAGAGGCGAUCGAUGAUGAAAUGUUAAUGAAAAUGGACUGUCAAACAAAAACUAUAGAUUCCCUCAUUAUCAAGUUGGAAAAAAAGAAGGAAAAAUAG